AAAAGACUCCCACCACCGAGACCACAUCUAGAAAGUGUCUGCUGCUAUAUGCUCCUGCUCUCUGCCGCUUGCUACUCUCUGCUGUAGUGUAUACUUUUCCUAGCUAUGUGUGUACUAUCAAAGUCCACCAACUUGAUGAGGCUCACGUACUGAGCCGUGCCUUCUUCAGGGGGCAGCCCCUGGCGUCUCCUGCCUCAUCACUCCGCUGAAAGAGAUGUCAAUGACCCUGCAACCUUGCUAGCGUGCCAUGGCCACGCGUUGAAUGCGAGUCGCGAGUAUCGACUCAAGAGAUCUGCUUGCCUCGUGAUGAAGCGCCCUCACUGGGAGUCCAUUGCCCCCAACUAUGAGCAACAAAGAUAAGCAGGCAACCUUGACUAAGACCAACCAGCCUGCUCCAGUGCAGGUCAGUCACCAACAAGCAGCAAGAGCUUCAUCGCCCUCACAAUCGCCUACAACACCUGCAAAAGCCAAUAUGGUCGACUUGACCCAGAGGCGCCGCGUCUUCUUCAACAUUGCAGCCGCCAUUCUUCUUGUUGGCACCAUCAUCAUGCUGUUCUUCGUUGUCCUUGCCGGCUCUCAACCGUCUAACCCUCUCAACCGCUUGUACUAUCUGGAGGUCAAACUCACCUCCUUAAACUACCCAUCGCCAGACAAAACUGUGCGCUGGACAACAUGGAACAUCUGUGGGGUACAAGACGGCAAGAAUGUUCAUUGCAGCAAGAAUCAAGCUGGUCACACCUACGAUCCAGCAAAGCAAGUGCCGGAUGCUCAACCGCCUCUCCCAGGAUCCGUUCUCGAGCAUAGUGCCGAGUCUGCAACAGCGUCUCGCAUCUUCUUUUCGUUCCUCGUUUUGAGCAUCAUCACCGCCUUCAUCACCCUGGCUGUGACGCCUGGUGGUUGCCUCGGUCGCUGGGGCUGCAUCUUUUGCUUGUACUCCAGUCUCGGUAUGCUCUUCUUCCUUGGCAUUGCAGCUGUGACAGCUACGGUUGUCUAUUCAAAUGCACGCGACCGAUAUCGCCACAACGGCAUUGAUGCAAAACUUGGACCUUCAGUCUUUGCCUUUCUAUGGACAAGCGUUGCGUGCAAUCUUUUGGCCACUGCUGCGUUUGCAUACGCUUCAGUUCGCUCGCCACCCGCCAAAAAGUAGAUGCUAUCAUUCGUUGUUCAUCAAGUAUAUUUAAUCACUAUAGUCUUCAAGUCAACUACUCUGCAUGUUUGUGAUACUUGAAUGUCAUGAUGCUAUCAUGCUACAAGAAUGUUAUGCAGGAGCAAACCCAGAAUGGCUCUGAUG